ACGGAUACGAACACUUUCCACUGGGGGGAAAUGGGAGCAGCGUUUUGCAUGGCCUUGAUUCGAGAAGGCGAGCGGCGGUGCCGCUUCGCGCCGCCACCACACCGCACGCGAUCAGUCUUUGUCGGACGUUCGAACACAGCAUACGCGUCGAGCGAGACCUUAGUUCGGCGAGAGCGAUCGGCGCGAGUGUCACACAGUGCUACAAGUGACCAAACAAAGUGAACGCAGUGAUUCUAACAAUACGGAGGAUACCUCGAGCAAAUCUGGAGCGAUACGUUAACUUAAGGAGUGUUCGCGUGUGUGAUGCAGCGAUGUCAGUGGCGGUGAGGGCGGCGCUGCUCUGCGCUUGCGCACUGCUUCUGCAGCAAGCAAGCGCAGAGCUUAGGGGAAGAUGUCCGGCGGAAGCGAGUGCGUGCCCGGCACGUGCGAUGCCGUGCAACACAGACGAGGAGUGCGGGGACAAAAUAUGCUGUACCACCACGUGUGGGAAAGCUUGUAUCGAUCCUUUGUUUACUGGUUGUGAGAACAUAAAACUAUCUACUGAAAGGAUAUCGCGCGCUCUUGCGGCGGAAAACAGUCGAGGAGGUCGAGGCCUCUUGCAUUCAAUGAGGUCGCCAAGAUGCAGGACCUCGGAUGGCGAGUUCGAGGAGAUACAAUGUGAUAACGAGAUUGUCAGCUCUUGCUGGUGUGUUGAUGCUGCUGGUUUUGAGGUUCCUGGAACUAGAGCGCCAGCUGCUGGCCUAGUCAACUGUACAAAAGUGGCGCCGUGUGCUGCUCACACCUGCAGGAUGCUGUGCCCACUGGGCUUCGAACUGGAUCCGCGUGGGUGUCCGCUGUGCAAGUGCAGAGACCCCUGUACUUCAGUUACGUGUCCCGGACAGUUGUCCUGCCAGUUGGAAGAAGCUCCAUGCUUGCGACCACCUUGCCCUCCUGUACCAACAUGUAAAAGAGGCCGCAGUCUACAGAACAUUUGUCCUGUAGGAGAACCGUUGUUGAUAUCUGAAACAAGUAGACCGUUCCUAUGUGGUACUGAUCCUGGGAAACCUAACUGUCCACCACUGUAUAGAUGUCUUGUUGAGUCAGGAAAUGAUUACGGUGUAUGCUGCCCAGCGUCACUCGAACUACAAAAAGCUGGAACGUGCCCAGUCCCUAUGACCAACGAAUUGGAUUGUGGAACUCCAUGUGCCCACGACUUAGAAUGCCCGUCGAUGCAGAAAUGUUGCGACGGUGGAGAAUGCGGCAGACAUUGCAUCUUACCUCACAACGUAACAAUGUGUACCCAGCAGAAGAUGUUAGCUGAGUUACUGGUAGUGAGCGAGAAGGAAGGAAGGGGAUACGUGCCGCAGUGUGCCGACGAUGGUUCAUUUGUGUCAAGACAAUGCUCUAGAAAUGGAUUAGUUUGCUGGUGUGUCGACUCCGAAGGCAAUAAACUCCGCGGAUCCAUGGGACCAUCAUCCUCAGUGAAAUGUUCUGCUACUCCCUUGAUGGCCCGUAGCGGGGCUCGAAGCUUGUCAUCAUGCGCCCGCGCACUUUGCGCAGGAGUUUGUGAAUACGGAUAUAAGAGCGGCGCCGACGGCUGCCCGACGUGCGAGUGUGAUGACCCUUGCGCAGGAUUCCCUUGCCCCAAUGGUGAAGAAUGCAUAAGAGUUAAAGAAGCUGAAUGCUCCGGAGAUUUGUGUACCGGAUACCCAGUAUGUCGGCCACGGAUAUCAUACGAGAACCCCUGCGAGAUAGGAACGCCAGCUUCUGACGAGGAGGGCUCGUUAGCGACUUGCAGCGCGGAGUCUGCGUGCCCGGCGGGACACGCCUGCACGCGCGGCAGACACACUGGCGUGUCGGUCUGCUGCCCAGACCCUCACGAUGUCGAUAAUAGUACCGCCGACGGCGAUAUGAUUGAGGUGAAUUACGAGUCAUGCGGCACCGAAGCUGAAGCAGUAUGCGGCCUGAACUCCACGGUAUCGUGUCUCGACGGAGAGUGUGAUAGCGACAUGUUGUGCUGUUCCACUGCCAACUGCGGGCCAGUGUGCGUGGACCCUGCUAAGAUGCGGCUGCAGACCGACAGGGUUGAUGAUACUCCUACCAUGUGCGAAUACCUCCGCGACUUCGACGAGAAAAUGGAAGGCACAGUGGACGGCAUGAAGCUAGCGCUACCAGCGCCGACGUGUAACUCUGACGGCGCCUUCACCUCGCAACAAUGUGCUAACGGACGCUGUUGGUGUGUUGACUCAUUUGGAACAGAGAUACCUGAGACAAGCACUAACAACGCUUCUUCUGUGGAUUGUGACAAAGUACGUUCGGAAUUAUCUUGCCUGGAGCUGACUUGCCGCAUGGGCUGUGACUACGGGUUCGAGCUGGGCGCGAGCCGCUGCCCCACGUGCCGCUGCCGCGAUCCGUGCGCCGGCGUCACGUGCCCCGCCGGCCGCGCCUGCGCCGCCGUCGAUGUCGCCUGCGACGCUGAUUACUGCCCGCCUGUGCCUGCUUGUCUGCCCCGCAAGCCCGGGCAGUGCCCGUACCUGGUGCCGUCUAACGGCGCGUGCGAGUGGUCGUGCCGCACGGACGCGGAGUGCGGCGCGGCCGAGCGCUGCUGCGCCACCGGCUGCGGCACCGCCUGCACGCCCGCCGUGCACCAGACGCACUGCCAGCAGAGGAGGGCACUAGCUCUUCACACGGCUGCUGAAAAUGGCAGUCCUCCAGCAUGGGCGUGGAUACCAAAAUGUAAAGAAGACGGCUCAUACGAAACGGUACAAUGCCGGGGUUCCGACAAGGCUUGUUGGUGCGUCGACAUAGCUGGCAAUGAGAUCCAAGGUACACGGGCUACGAACUCUACACCUAACUGCAAUCAACCAAUCACGUGUCCUGCAAAUGACUGUUCUGCAGAACAAGUGUGCGCUUACGGCUGGCAGUUGGACGCUAAGGGCUGUCCUACCUGCGACUGUCUCGAUCCAUGCGCUGAUGCCAAGUGUAGAUCUGAUGAGAUCUGUGAACUUGUGUCUUUGGAGUGCGAGGGUGAAUCCUGCCUACCACUAGCCCGUUGUGCACCAUCCCCACAGUGCCCCGAAGGGCUCGACCCUAUACAAGCACCGGAUGGCUCGGGCCCCCUAAAGUGCGGGCCAAACGCUGCUGCCUGUCCUUCGACCCACGCUUGUCGAUUCGCUCCACAUGAUUCGAGACCAUCUGUCUGCUGUCCAAAGCCACGUACGGUAUGCUUCGAAAACAAGGACGAAGGGAACUGCUCAGAAGGAGAUGUACUCAACACGACAAGAUGGCAUUUUAACCAUGAACGUAAUCGCUGCGAACGUUUUAAGUACCAUGGCUGCUCGGGCAAUCACAACAACUUCAGAACCAAAGAGGAAUGUAAUAACGUAUGCCCUGUUGAAGGUGCGCCAGUGAAACAGAAAAAUAAAAAAAGGAAGACUAGCCGCACAUCGAAAGAUGAAGUAUUGAGCCCAUGUGAAAGGCUACGAGAGAAAAACGAAGCCGCUUCAGAAAAAUACGGAAAAGGAACAUUCAUACCAAAGUGUGACGCAACUGGGGCUUGGGAGCCGGUGCAGUGUAUGUCACAUAUCGAUGUGUGCUGGUGUGUUAGCGCCCGAGGGGAGCCUCUAAAGGGCUCACUGGUACGCGGCGCUAAACCCUCCUGCAAUUUCAGACAAGCGCGCAAAUGGGUACAACGUGACCCAAUGGACGAACGGUCUAGAGCCGAUGAAGUGUUAGAAGAACUAAUAAGACAAAUGACGGCGUAUAGAGGAGAAGAUUUCGAUGACGAAGACGACGAAGAUGAAGAUAUCGAUCUCGAAGCUGAAGGUCGAGAGGAAGAAUCUUUGGAGAAAAUGCUUAUACAAAAAGACGAACCUGUGUUGGUGUCAGAGAUCGUCGAGCCGAAGCCCGCAGACUCCACCAGAAGAGUUGAGAAACCUCUAGAAGUCAGCACCGAGAAGAUCAGUUUUAAGACAAAAUGUCAGAUGAUUCAAGAGGAAAUUGAUAAUGGUGGCGAGGGUCUGCGACCGCGUUGCCUGUCAGAUGGUUCGUUCUCCCCGCGGCAGUGUAACCGCGGGCGGUGCUGGUGCGUAGACGCGGCCGGACAGAAGAGGCAACACAUAGGAUCAGUGAACGACGCGCCAGCCCCCGACACUUGUGAACCAACCCGCGUAGAAUCUGCGGUGCUGGAGCUGGAGCUGCUAAACGUGGAGGGCUCUGCGGCGGAGGCGGCGCGCGGCGUGCUGGCGGCGCGGCUGGCGGCGCUGGGCGCGCGCGUGCCCGUCACGCUGGCGCACGAGCCGCGCGCCGCCCGUCUGCGCGCGCUGCUCGCCGGCCCGCGCGCUGUCGACUACGUCUACCAUAUCGAGAACCUGGUGAAACAAGAAAAACUAUCAGGAACGAGCAAGUCGCCCGAGGCGGCUGUUUUGGGCGCAGAUGUCAUCCGCAGCGAGUACCGACUCGCGCCGCUUUUGCCACCCGCCAUGCAACAGCGGGAAAUACUUAGCGAGUCUACUGUUUCCGCUACAACUUCUUACCACACUGCCUUAAUAGUCUUAGCGGCCACUUCAGCGUUCAUCAUCAGCGUACUGUGUGUCCUUGUGAUGCUCUACCGGGCUAGAUUGCAGCGAGAGCCGCAGAAAGCCGAACGGUUUCUACCGGCGGCACCUCCCGUCUACGUCCUGUCCGCCGAUGAGAAAGCGGAGCUAGCAAGGGUGCUACACUCUCCUCCACCACCUAUCCCACCACAAAAUGAUGACCAAACUAGAGUAUAACUACGAAAAUGCUUUAAAACUUAAAUGUUUAAAACAUGGAUAUGACAAAUGACAACUUAAACUUCCCGCUAGAAUUCUGUCGCUACACUAUGGGUAAGGAUGUGUUGCCAAGUAUUAAAAUAAAAAGAUUCUCGAUAGUCUUACUGAGUGUCACACUGCGACAUAUUGGGCCUAUGUGACAAUAAAAAUUGUGCUCGUUUUAGACUUUCACGGCACAAAGGAAUUUAUCUGCUCGUUGACCAAAACUAUGGUUCUAUUUACUUAAUGACUUCCAAUCUUGUUAUAUUUACAUGAUAUUUAAAAAUGUUUAGAAAUAUUGACUGACAUAGAUCUUUCUCCCUUAACUGCUGUCCCGAAUUUUUCCUCAGCCACGACCAGAACAAAUUUUAAUAUCAAAUUCGAAUUUAUAAUUUUUCUUUUUAAUGAUAUGUCAUAUCUAUGUAGACAAAGUGUAUGGUAUAACUUUUUUGCUGAGAAGCUGAUUGUUUACCUUUCUCGUAAAGAAGCUAUUGCAAUGAUAGUACAGGUACUAAAGUAAUUAUAGGGUCCAAAAUAAUAUUGGCUAGAAUUUUGAGUACCUUACGUAGUAUAUUCAAGUAGUACCCUUAUCUCUGUAUUUGUAAUUUUAUAAACUUUUUCUGAAUGUAUAAAUUCUUAGUGAAUUAAUAAAAUUAAUUUACUGAUUCUUGAAAGAUUUAAUGAACUGUAAAAUAUCCUUUUCAAUGAAGAAUAUUUAUAGUAAGUGUGAUGGAAAAGAAUGGUUUAGUAAAGUAUAUUUAAAAUUGUAAGUACAGAGUUAAGUUAAAAAACCAGAUAUCAGAUCAGAUGUCGUCAGUGAUCGUAAGAUUAGAGACUGAUAGGUGAUGGUCGAAUACUCCUGAAAAAUCUCUGACAUGGCCUGUGAACUACGCGAUGGUGACAAUGUUUUCGAUGCCUUACCACUUAGGCAUAGGCUGUAACACUAAGAGAAUUGUAACAAUCGCUAAGUUAAGGGAUAUAGUUCUAGGAGACUAUGACAAACAGAUUUAAUUCAUGGAUUUAUCUGUAUGUAAAAUAUUUGUCAUAAUUUCCGAAACUCAGAAGACAAUUAUCUUGUUAUGUUUUAUACUAGAAUAAGAAACUAAUAAUAAGUUAGCGCAAGGGCGCGCGUAAAUUUAUUAAUACGCGCGCUUUUACGCACUCUUUAGUUCCUCUCGUUGAGUCUCGCUCUCCAGUACUAGGUUCAUCAUUAUUUUAGUUCUAUGACUAUGAACUGCUAGGCUACCGCUUUAAACUUCUAAUCUUUGGUAAACAACACGAAAUAAGAACGUGGCUCGACGUAGAACUAAUCUAGUCUGUUUAUUCAUGAGUAUCCUCCCUCAUUCGUUCCAUUACGUAUUGUAAAUCAUUUCACCCUGUUUUAUGUUUGUAAAUAAGUGUAAUAUUUAUAUAAGUUUCAUUGUACUAUUCAACAACCAAAUAUUAACACAUUUGACUCGUAUUUUCCAUUUGGUAUUUCUUAUUAAAUAAGUUAUUUUAAAGCUUACAUGUCACGGCUCUUUUUUACAAAAACCUCGAAGUAAUUGAAUGAAGAAUUUAUUCAUAAUAUUAUUAUGUAUUACAUUAUUUUAUUAAAUAAAUGAUUUUAUAUAA